GUUUCGAUCAGGAUGUGGAUAUGGUCACUGUAAGCUAGCAGGCUAGGGUAGUGUUACUUGAAGCUUUAUCUGUGUCGAUUUUCUGACAUUUACAAGACAACAGUAAACCGUAAAGGAACAUACCAAACAGCAUGUUUGCAAGACCGUCUUCUAUGCGCGUGAGAUGUGGAAUCGCUGUUCUUUUUUCCUUUGUGUUAAGUUACUUUGAAUGCACUGUAAAUGGCCUGGAGUGAUAUUUUUAAAUAAGCAACAAGACACAUCACCUGAGGAACUUUACCUACACUGGCACUACUUGCUGAUUGCUCUGUCACAUGCUGUUUUUGUCAGUCAAUUGUCUCUUUCAACAGUCAAGAUUGACCCUUUGGUUUAUGACGAGCAGUUGUUGUGGGUGGCCGGAGGGGCUGGGGAGGUGAACACCUAUCGUAUCCCCUUGCUCAGCUUCACCCCAAGGGGAAGUCUGCUUGCCUUUGCAGAGGCUAGGAAAGCAUCACAAAAUGACAUAGGAGCCAAGUUUAUUGCCCUGCGUCGCUCAACAGACAGAGGGGCCACCUGGUCUCCCACCUCGUUCAUAGUGGAUGACGGUUCUCUGGAGGAUGGCCUUAACCUGGGCUCAGUGGUGGCGGAUGAGGAGCAGGGCUCCAUCAUGCUGAUCUACUCUAUCUGUUUCCACCGCUACCACUGCAGCCCCUCAAGCACCAUGAUGGUGGAGAGUUUGGACGAUGGCCUGAGCUGGAGCACCCCACGCAACCUCUCUGUCCAGCUGGGGGUGAAGAGCUUUGCACCCGGGCCUGGUUUCGGCAUCCAGAAGCGCUACCCCCCAGCGAGAGGCCGCUUGGUGGUGUGUGGUCACGGCAGCAUUGAGGGGGAUGGGGUCUUCUGCAUCCUGAGUGACGACCAUGGACGAAACUGGAACAAUGGCGCCGCGCUGAAGAGCAUCCCCUACAACCAGCCCAAACAAUCCGGAGACUUCAACCCAGACGAGUGCCAGCCUGUAGAGAUGGAGGACGGCAGCAUUGUCAUCAACGUGCGCAACCAGAACAACUACCACUGCCGGUGCCGUGUGGUGGUGCGCAGCCUGGACGGAGGGGAAUCUCUGCCCUUGGAGGAGCUGAUUUUUGACUCCACCCUGGUGGACCCUGCGGUGGCAGCGGGGGCUCUGCAGAAGGAGGGGGUGCUCUACUUCACCAAUCCUGCCAGCAGCCAACAGAGGGUAAACCUUACCCUCCGCUGGUCUCUGACCAAUGGCACGUCGUGGGAGAAGAAUGCUGUUCAGAUAUGGGCCGGGCCAAGUGGCUACUCGUCUAUGACAUCACUGGGGAGCGACUACCCUGAGGACAGGAAGUACAUAUUUGUCAUAUACGAGAAGGGCCACAAGGACUAUGACGAGACCAUCUCAUUUGCCAAGAUCCAUCUCUAUGGAGGACGGUAGAGCUGGGCUGGGGCAGGAGUGUCUUAAUGUGGACAGUUGUAUCAUUCAUGUCUUAUAUUGGCCAAUAAUGGGCAACAUUAGAUUUGAUAUUCUCUCAGGAACUAUUUAAAUCUGUGGUUUUAUUGGCACUAUUUACUUAAAAUGUCCUGGGUGUUGGAAGUAGGAGAGGUGGAGGAAACGGGGGGGGGGGGGGGGGUGGAUGUCCAAGGUUUUUAAAGAAAGAAAAAGCCAAGAAAGUUUAAAGCCCAGUUUCACAGACAAGGAUUAAGCCUAGUCCUAAAGUAAGAGGAAAAAUGUAAUGAAGAUCUCCAUUGAAAACUGUUUUAGUCUAAAACAAGGGUUAAUCCAUGUCUGGGAAACUGGGUCUAAAAGUUUAAGCCUCCUGCUUUUUUUCCUCAGAAUGGAUAGAAUGAUAAAAAUGUAUACUUACAUUUAAUUUGAAGUGUAUCACAGUACCAUCCCAUCUAUACAGGUGAAUGACUGAAGAUUACUGUUGGAAUGAAGCUGGGUCAGUCUGCCUUAAGCUAAAAAAUACCAGUCCUCUUGCUGAAGCUUGAGUGAUGUGAUGCACACGGUGCUGGUGUCAACUUCCUGCCCGCUGUGAAUGAGGAAGUGUUGGGGGGGAGGAGGGAGGAGGGAAUGACGAUGAGGAUUGACCACAUUAGUGUCCCUUCAGACCAGAAAGAUAGGAAUUGUGUCAGUUAAACUUUGAGCUCUUAUUACAGAAACAGUGUAAAUUAAAUAUCACAGAAUCAAUGCUUUGUUCUGAAUGAUCUUGCAUGCUAAUAACUCUCCAUUAAGAAUGAGUUCACUGACUGCACUUUGAUUGAGUUAGUAUCAGUUAAAUUGCCAUAUGUUAUGGCCCAAAUGUUUUCCCAGAUUUUUUGAAAAAAUCUGUUUAUAUAAUGAUGUGAAAUUCUAACAUUUUUUAUGAACUUUUCUGAGAAGUUAGUGUGUUCCUUAAUUAACAGUUUAAUAAAUGCACGCCAUUUCAAUAUUCCAUAUUUUUAUAUAGAAAUGUAGCCCUUCCCACACAGUUCUUUUCAUUAUGAAAUUAACAAUUAUGACAAAGGGAGCUAUUCAUGUAUUGUGUCUGGAUUCCUUUAUGGAAAUUGUUCAUAUUUUGUUUAAUAACAUUCAGAGGGAAAGGAAACAUUGCUUUUAGUUAUAGUAACAUAAAGAAGCAGACCACAUUGAAAGCAUCAUAUUUGUGUCCCAAAUUAUUUGCUCUGAUCAGGUUGUGAUUGGUGUAUGAAUAAACUUUGUGUUUACACACA